AUGAACUCGACACUGGUUCAUGGCUGGGUUGCUUCGCCAAAUGAACGCGGGACCAUCGACAUCAUCUGGAGCUGCGUUAUCACUGUGUUCUUAUGCGGUUGGUCUGUCUUAUUCCUAAACGUACCCGACAAGCAUGACUUCUGGUCAUAUAUGUCGACAAAGUCAUCAUGGGUUGCCUUUACCAUCUUUUUUCCAGAGAUCCUUGCAUCGUUCGCCCAGGUCCAGUAUCUCUCCGCACGACAUUCAGUGUCCAAGUUUCGCGAACUUGGAUAUCGCGAUUGGUCUAUGACACACGCUUUUUUCGCCGAUAUGGGUGGCAUCGUGCUUGACCCUCCGGACUAUCCGCCAUUUCCUGUCAGCGCCCACCAGGUUCACUACCUUGUAGAGCACGGCUUCAUCGAUUUUCCCAGGAUCCACCGCAAUACCAUACAGGACAAGAACAAAGCAGACGCUUUCGUUCGUGUCCUCAUAUCCAUCCAGAUACUCUGGUUUGGCCUUCAGUGCAUCGGUCGUGCUAUUCAACAUUUGAAUGUCUCGAUGCUCGAGAUCGAUGUCAUUGCUAUUGUGCUUUGCACGUUUCCAACGUUCUACUUCUGGUUUCACAAGCCUUUGGACGUUGAUACAACGGUGACUCUGUAUCUUGGAGGAUCGCUUCAACUGAGGGAUGUACUGGCAUUAGCAGGCAAAGCAGCCGAGCGACCUUUCAAACUCACUCCGCUCGACUUUAUCAACCCGCCUCCUGAUCGUUACCAAAUCCUUGAUCCCAUCAUGUGGGGCUUUGAACAUUUAUUUCGACUCGGUACUGAUUCCAAAUAUGUACCAAUCACACGGUUCAAAAACACCUCGCGUAUGAAUCCUGGAAAAGUGACCAUAUCUGAGGCGAUAGUUUCGACAGUCAUAUCUCUGACCUUCAUCUUAAUACACUUGGUCGUGUGGAACUUCAGCUUUCCAACUCCAUUGGAGCGAGAUCUCUCGCGUAGUGCCUGUCUACUACUUAUCGGUUGUGGUUUCUCCUUCGGCAACCUCGGGCUCCUUAUGAACUGGCAAUUAUCCAACCUUUGUCGUCUAUCCAAAAUUCCACAAGUCGAUACUGUUACGCAAUUCUUGUACCAGAUACAUCCAUUCUUUCAGUACACCCUCACUGUGACCCACUUUGGGGCAUAUGGAAUUGCGCGGCUGUUUAUCAUUGUAGAAGGAUUUGCUAGUCUCAGAGCGCUUCCUGCGAGCAGUUUUCGUAACGUGGAAUGGGUUGAUUUGAUUCCUUAUAUAUAG